CGUUGCAGGGGAGAGCUCGGCACUGGCGAGGAGAGCGCUCGGGCCACAGCUGAGAGAGAGAGUCCUGUUAAAUGCUCGAAGCCCUUGGGAGAAGGAAGCCACUGCAGAGAGGGCUGACGCAUCUGUACCUGCUGCUGAAAACUUUGGAAGUGGAAGCGAAAGGAACCCACUGACCCACCAUGCUGUCCCUCAGCUCUAUGAAAGAUGGCACCACUGUACCCAGCGAGGAAGACCGGAAAAAGAUUCUCACCCAGAUGAAAGUGAAGACGACACUUAGAAACGACAAGAGCUGGAUCCAGAAGAAGUCAGACUCAGAGGAGGAGAAGAAUCAUAGUCCAUUGCAUUCACCUUUAAGGAGCAGGAAGACCAACCAGAGAUCGCCUGUCUCAACCAAAGUUUCGCCUCUAAAUCACAGGGCAGUCUUUGAAGAGCUGGCUGCUCAAGCCGAACAACCAUUACCGGUGGCCAGCAAACCUCCCAAAAAGUCCCACAACACAACAGCAUCUACCGGUUAUCUCAUCAGAGGAGUUUUUACCAAGACUGUUGAUACGAGUGCUCCUUCAGACACAGUCUCCAAUGGCUCAGACAAAAGCGCCAAGAGUGCCAGCUCUGCUCCUGGGUACAAGAUGUCAACCGAGGAGUAUAAGAAACUAGCUCCCUACAAUGUCAAGCGGGACACAGUGCCAGUUCACGUGGAUUCCCCCGUUUCUCCAGAUGAGCAGCAAAAGAGGACUGAAGCUGCCAGCAGUGUGCUCAGGCACACAGCCCGCAAGGAACGCUCCUACGUCCUUUCAGCUGCGAAGAAGAGCAAUGGGUAA